AUGCCGCCCCCAGCGCUGCUGUGCGCCCUCUGCUGCGGCCUCUUGGCCAAGGUCGCCCGCGCAGGCUUCUCGGAGGACCGCUGCAGCUGACAGGGCAGCGGCCUGACUCAGGAGGCCGGCAGCGUGGGACAGCUGGCCCUGGCUUGUGCGGAGGGCGGGAUCCAAUGGUUACCAGCCGACGUGCUGCGCUUGACCCUGGGCGGCUCUGACUCCGGCGCCCGGCCCCGCACCUGCCUGCAGCCGGUGAGGCCCUUCGCAGGCGUCCAGGUCUUCGCUGAGCGGGCGGGCGGCGCCCUGGAGCUUCUCCAGCCCCACCUCCACCCCCACCCCCCAGGCUGGUGUCUCUGGGCCCUGAAGGCAGGUGGGGGAGACCACGGUGGGCAGCUCUGGGAGGCCACACGGGUGACCGCAUAUGCAAGAUCAGUGAGCCAGAGCGUGCACCAGGACACUGAGCUUCAGCAGCCUGCAGGUAUCACCCCCAAUGCAGGGUGUCUUUGGGGUUUGUACACAUGUGCUCCCUGGGAUCCCAACUCCCUGAUGGCCCGGAGCGGGUGUCUGGUCACUUGCCCUCUCCCUCCUGCUUCUGGCUGGUGGGGGGAGGCCUUGGGUCAUCCAGAAGAGGGCAGGGCCUACACUGACCAUAUCCCCUGCAUGCCAGGUGUCUGCAGGCCCUGUAGUGACACCGAGUUUCUCCUGGCCUUGUGCACUAGUGACUUUGUGAUCCAUGGGACCAUCCACAGGAUUGCCCACGACACAGAGCUGCAGGAAUCUGUUAUCACCGUGGCAGCUGUCCGUGUUUUCCGCCAGACACUGCCACUGUUCCAGGGGGGCUGUGGGGACCAGGUACAGGCCCCCAUUCGCACUCCACUGCGCCGUGGUGUCUGCCCUGGCCCUGGCACCUUCUUCUUUUUGGGCUGGAGCCAUUUUGGUGAGGCCUGGCUUGGCUGUGCACCCCGCUUCCAGGGAUUCAGCCGUGCCUAUACAGCUGCCCAUGCCAACCAUCUCUACCCCUGUGAGGUGGUGCUGGACUGA